AUGUUUAGCGGCAAGAGUCCAAGAAAGCCAUCAGAAAAUAGGCAUACUAAAAAUUCUGUAAAGAAAGAAGAAAAUGAAAAUAAUAGAAAACAAAAAAGAAGUGAAAAUCCAAGGGAGGGGAAUUACAGCUACAUGCGUAAUACAAAAAGUGAAGGAAAUCCACAUAUAACUAGUGACAACAGAUCACAUGAAGAACAACAAAAAAAAGGAAAUUUUCAUAACUCGAACAAUGGGAGAAAUGAAAAAAAUAAAAAAGGGGAUUCAAAUGAAGAUGCUAACACUAACGCGAAGGGAAAGAAUAUACUAAACAACUCAACUAGCGUAUCAGUAGUAGUUGAUAGCAAUGAAGUUAUCGCUGAUGAAAAAAGUCCAGUAAAGAAAACAACAAUUAAAUGUGAAGAUGAACAAAAUGAUGACUUAAAAAAAAAUAAUAAAAGAACACUGGAUGAAGAAAUGAAGGAAGAAGUUGGAAUGAGUUGUAAAAAACAAAGAAUUGAUGAUCCUACAACAAACCCGCUAGAAUUAAGUUUAUAUGAUGAAUUUAAAAAUUCCAUUCAUUGUAAUGGAAAAAAUUAUGUAGACUCCUAUAUGAAAAAAAUAAAAACGAAUUUCUAUUUUUACUGGAAUGAAUGUGAACAUCAAUUGAAGGAAUUACAGAAACGUUACUUGGAGAAUGAAAAAUUAAUCAGGGAAAUUGUCCAGGAAAAUAACCUCCUUAUGAGUGAGAACAGCAAUACCACGGAUAAGGAAAUAGAAAUAUGUGGAAAUGAGAUUCACGGAAAUGAACCAACCGAAAAGGAGAACGUAGAAAAUUUCAAGUGUCCCACAGGGGAUAUGCACACCCAAACUGCAAAAAUAGAGAAAAAAAGACAAAUACUGAACAACAUUCUGAAUAUAAAAAUGAUUUACAGGAUUAUAGAAAUGUACAUGUUCACUAUGCGACAAUUUUCUCAUUUAUUAAAAGAAAAUAAUAAUUUCAUUUCCCUAAUUGUAGAUGAAGAAAAUAUCGAAAAAAAUUAUUAUGAACGAAUAAUGGGAAAUUUAUUAGAUUUUCAGGCAAAGAAUUAUGAAGAUAUCAAAAAACAUACUUUAGAAAAAAAAAUGUUAUGUAUAGAUGAAUUUUUAAAAAAUAAGGAAAAAAAUAGGAAUUACUCAAAAGAUGAAAUUUCUCAUUUUUAUACUUUGAAAUGUUUGGAAGAGGAGAUUUCUGAACGAACAGAUGCUAAAGCAAACUUACGAUUAUUAAUGAUAAGAAAGAAAGAGUGCGCAGAUGAAUAUGAAAAGCAAGAUAUAAGAAAAGUUACAUCCUUUAACAAAUUAUCAUUAUUCUCAAAUAGCAUUAAAAGCAUUAUUGAUAAGUACAAUUCAUUGGAUUUUCCACAAAUGAAAUAUUUAUCAGCAGUUUAUUUUAAAAUGGUUCAUGCGCAAAUUGACAUGAACGCAAACAAUAUUUCAUUUUUAAAUAAUAAAAAGCCUUUUAAUUUUUUGUAUAAUUUUAAAGAACCAAGUAGUAAUGGUAACAACAGCAGCAGUAACAAUAGUAGUAGUAACAACAAUAACAGUAGCAAUAAUAAUAGUUAUAACCAUGUUUUUACAUAUAUGAAAUAUGAUGUACUUACACAAAUUAGAAAGAACACGAAACGACUCUCUGCUACCACACAAGACGAUGUUCAUAUGGAAUAUGUGACCAUAAAUAUGUAUACAAAUGAUAACUUUGACAUUUCUAUUUUACCCGAUUUAUCAUAUCUUAAAUAUUUGAAAAUACAAAUAGAAAUUUCAUACUUAUGUAAUGGUGACUGUUUAGUGGCAAAAGCAAAUCCCAUCCAAUUCAUAGGACUCAAUAGUGGUAAUAAGUUUCUCUCAGAUAUAUACAGCAAUGAAGAUCAUUUCGUUUUGUUUUCUGAUGAUAUCUUCUCUUUUCACAAUUUUAAGUACGGAUUUCCCUUUUUUUGGCUCAAUGCCAUGGCAGAAAAGUCAUACAGAGCAAAUAUGGAAGGCGACGAGGCGGAAUCUAGUCAAGCAAGCAAAAAAGUGGAUAGCGGGAGCAGCGGAAAAAUGAGUGGCAAUAAUAGCGGCAAUAAUAGCGGCAACAACAGCAGCAACAACAACAGGAACAAUAACAGCAAAAAUAGCAGCAAAAAUAAUGUUUCCAGAGAGCGCCCCGAAGGUGCAAAGUUAGACAAAAAAAAGUUAUUGGAAAUAUACAAAUGGCAUUUAGGAAGAACCCUAGAUGUGUCCGUUUUUUUCUCCAAAAUAUUUACAAGAGUCUUAUUUAGGAUAUGGGACAUUUGGCAAAUUCGACACUACGAACAUUACCCCAAUGUUUUCCCUCCCUUUUCUCAUGAAAAACAUCUUGAGGCCUUAAAAAAAAUUCAGUCAGUUUCAUUACAGCAAAUAUCAUAUUUUGACAUUAUAUCUGAGGAAGCAUAUUUGAAAGAGGAAAAGGAAAAUACUGAGGAAUGCAGCAAAGAUAACAUUUACGCGUGCUGCCUUAUUCAGUUAUACGAGUCCUGUAUGAUCAAAGCAUAUAUCAAUGUUCCCUUCAACGGAAAAGAUCCCUAUUUCAGUGUAUUUUUAAGCAAAAAAAAAUACUUAAGGCGAUUGAAGAAAUUGCAAGACUAUUUGAACACGACGGUUGUAAAUAAACACUCAAAAGUUGAAGAUUCCCAAAGACAAAUUAUAUUAACAUUACAACUAGCAAAAUUAAGGGAGGGAGCUCAUAAAUAUUACAAAUCGUUCAGCAAAAAUUCGACUCUUAUGUUCGAUGAGGAUAUAAGUUGA